GAAGGUCAAAGCUGGACAGCCGAGUUCCUCGUUAUCGAGACACACACGCACAUUGCAUGCACUCUGUGACGCAUUGUCCUGUUCAGGAUUGCCAUUUUCGAACUGUUUUAGUGGGGUUUUUUUAGAGUGCCUUUUCUUUUUAUUUUAUUCUCUGCCUUGUUUAUAUGCUAAACGUCUAUUAUUGCUAUUCGUGUCAACAUCGAACCAUCGCUACGAUGACACCCGAUCUUACUUGUGAUUAUUGCCAUUCCCCUUUUCUUGAAGAGACUUCUGAUUACAGAGAGGAUCUUGACUUUGAACCUAUGCUCUCUGACGACCACCAUCACACAGUGCACAGCGAUCUCUCCACGGACAGUAUUCCUCGAUUCGACGAGUAUGCUGAGGAAUCUGAUAUGGAGCGUCAUGAUUAUCUGCACAGGCUGCUGUCACCGCCAUGGGUAUCAGACAACGAAGGAUCAAGUACACCCGAUUUCUACUGUAGUCCUUUGCAACGAAGUGAAUCGUGGCGGCAUUCCUAUGAUGCCGGUGAUUCUACGGCGGACGACGACGCUUUUAUAGUCAUGGAUCAUGCAUUUAUGCCCUUCGAGUCACACAACUUCUAUCCCGAAAAUGAAAUGGAUUCCCCCUUCCUCGAUUUUCGCCCAUCCUUCUCUGAUCAUGAAACAAUCUAUUCCUCACCUCCUUCGGAAAUAUUCCACGAUCAGUGGUUUGAACCUGAGGAAGACGAAACAGUUCAGGAACAAGAGCGAGACCAGCUUUUACAUGAUCGCUUUGUUCGGGGCGGAUUGAUGGAAGAUAUGAUGGAAGAUUUGGCAGACGGGGAAGUCGACGAAGCCAUUGUCACCUAUAGAGCCCUAAUGCAACGUAUGGCAGGCGACGAGUAUUCGAUAGUGGAAGAUUUGAUCCGUGGCGAAACAGCACGGGAACCCAACGACGAUCCCGAAAAUUCUGCAGGCUUUUUUCGCUUACCGUUUUCUCGAAUUGAACGCUUAUUUGAUGUCAUUUAUCAUGGGUCGCCAGAGUCCGACAGUGAAAACGAAGACGACCAUGCGUAUCAACGAAGUUUCCUCGACAACUGGAUCGAUAUUCUGACCAAUCGUUCCGCAAGGUUAGCGAAUUGUGAUGGGGUACCCCAGAAACAAUCACUAAUACCACAGUGUCCAAUCAUCAGCACUACUCGUCAGCCAUCGGAACCAAAUCUUCGAUAUCUCCACGUUUACAAACGAAGGUUACGGCCAACUGAUAAAGAUGUGGCAACAGAAUGCAGUAUUUGUCAGGAAAGAUUUGGCACCGAAUUAGACAUCAUUCGUCUAUCUUGUCGUCACGAAUAUCAUGAUGAAUGUAUUCACCAAUGGUUACGGCUGAAACCCACAUGUCCGAUAUGCCGACGUUCGGUCACAUCAGAUCCUGUGGAACAGCCGGACGAAGCACGACCCAGCACAGGCAUCCAUCCAGCUAGCAGAAGACGGUCUGAUCUAACGAAUCGGGCAAGCUCGCGAUAUGCUGAUGGAUCAGACGGGGAAGACAGUGAAACGUCAUGGUCGUUGCAUCCAUCAGAUUCACUACGGAUGGCAUGGGUGGACCAUCACUUAUGAGGUCAUAUUAUUCACUGGUCAUCUCUUUGUUAUCUCUUUCCUUCAUUCUUCCUCUCGUUUAAACGCCCUGUAGUUAGCCAUUUCUUAACGGUGUAAAAUGACGCCGAAAGAACGACUUUAGCAUAUCAUACCUACUGCACCACCAUCACUAUGACUUUCAUUCAAAGAAUAUAUCAAACCACAACGAUAAAUUGUAUUGAACAACAUCCCUAUGGAGAAUACAAGCUGGAUAAAUUAAAAUCGACACAAAAGCUGCAACGUUUCCAUGUCAAUUAAUCAUCAAAUCGGGAAAAAGGAGGAGUCUGGCCUUUUUUGUUUUCCCAAACGCCUCCCAUAUACGUCCAGGGCUGAGUUUAUCAUGCCCAUUUUAGGAUACACGAUUAGUGAUAAUUUGUCUCUCUGUCUUUUGUUUUUGGCUUAACGCCGGACUAAAUCAGUGAUUGAAGAACGGGAGCGGGCAAAUAC